CAAAUUUGAUAGGUAGUGGACGGACGGGUGAAGUGAAAGAAAACUCAUUUAAAUUCCAUUCUUUCUAUUCGUAUUUGUGUAAUUUUAAUAAAAUUUGAUAACUUAGUCUCGUCAAAUAAUCCCCAGACUGUGCAUUCCCGUUGAAAGGCCCGGGCGUGUAGAUUAAAAUGGCUGAUUUUCUGGAAUCUGAAGCGGAGGAGAGCGAGGUUGAAUCCGAUGACGAGCAACCAGCAGAGCGCAAAAAGCCGAAGCGUAAAGCUGCAGUCCAGAGUGACGAUGAAGAGGAGGAUGAAGAAGAUGAUGAAGACAGACUUAGGGAAGAGUUGAAAGAUUUGAUAGACGAUGCACCGAUAGACGAAGACAGUGAUGGAGAGGACUCGGAUGCCAGCGCAGGACCGAAAAAGAGAAAAAAAAGUGAUGACGAACUGGACGAUAGGCUAGAGGAUGAAGAUUAUGAUCUCAUUGAGGAGAAUCUUGGUGUUAAAGUUGCUAGGAAUAAAUUCAAGCGUCUGCGCCGUUUGGAAGACGAUGACAGUGACAAUGAAGGAGCUGAUGACCCUGAGCUGGAGAGAGAAGUCAUCGCCGAGAAGCUGUUUGUCGCUGGCUCUGAUGAGGAGGAUGAGAACCGGUCCGAGUCCGCAGCCCCCCGGGAAGUGGAAUACGACGAGGAAGGCGAGGAAGGCGAAUCAGACGCCGACGAUUUCAUCGUGGACGACGAUGGCAAGCCCAUCGCUAAGAAGAAACGGAAACCUAUAUUUACUGACGCGUCUUUACAAGAAGGCCAGGACAUAUUCGGCGUAGACUUCGACUACGACGAAUUCGACAAGUAUGGCGACGAGGAUUCAGAAGAAGACGACGAGGAAGAUUUGGACCAGUAUAUUUCGGACGACGAGGAGGAAGGUGAAAGGAAACGCACGAAGAAAGGCAAGGCAAAGCGCCCGAGCAAGAAAUCCAUCUUCGAAAUAUACGAGCCCAGCGAACUCAAGAGAAGCCACUUCACAGACCUGGAUAAUGAGAUCCGGAAAACCGACAUUCCGGAGCGCAUGCAAAUCCGCGAGGUGCCCAUCACGCCCGUGGCCGAAGGCAGCUCUGAACUGGAAGAUGAGGCUGAGUGGAUAUACAAGCAGGCCUUCCUCAAGCCACCCGUGUCCAAGGCGGACUCGCAGGAGUCCCGCGAGAGGACUCGACGGGGCCCAAGCACAGUGGUGAAGAUCCGCCAGGCGCUGGACUUCAUGAGGAAUCAGACGCUGGAAGUUCCGUUCAUAGCGUUCUACCGCAAGGAGUACGUGCAGCCGGAGCUUAGUAUCAAUGAUCUUUGGAAAGUCUACAAGUAUGAUGCUAAGUGGUGCCAACUAAAACAGCGCAAGGAAAACCUGCUCAAACUGCUGGAGAAUAUGCGCGAGUUCCAGCUGGACAAGGUGAUGGUGAACCCCGACGCGCCCAUACCAGAGAACAUGAGGCUCAUCAAGGACGAGGACAUCGACAGGCUAAAGAGCGUGCAAACACCAGAAGAGCUGCGCGAUGUGCACACACACUUCCUGCUGUACUACUCCAGUGACCUGCCCGAGAUGCAGAAGGUGCAGCGGACCAAGGAGAAGAAGCGGGAAAUAGAGGAGAAAAAACGUGCAGCACGAGCGGAGGCCGAGCGCAACGGCGAGGACCCCGAAGAGGCCGCCGCGAGCGUUGAGGCCAUGCCUGAUGAAGAAGAUGUAAUUGAAGUGAAAUACGCGGUGCGCUCCGGACCUUAUGAGCUGUGCCGUCGCGCUGGCAUCGAUGGCCUGGUAAAAAUGUUCGGUCUGACACCGGAGCAGUUUGCGGAGAAUGUGCGAGACAACUACCAACGGCAUGAGGUUGAGCAGCAACCAAUACCGCCUCUGGAGGCCGCUGCUCCUUUUGUGGGUGCCAGUGGGUCAGCGCAAGAAGUCCUACGGCGGGCGGUGUACAUGUGCGGGGUACAGCUGGCACGCGAGCCGCAACUCCGGGGCACGUUGCGGGACGCGCUCCGGGAACGAGCCACCGUGUCCGCGAAACCUACGGCAAGGGGACUUAAGGAGAUCGACGAGAGCCACGCUUGUUACAAUAUGAAAUACCUGAAGAAGAAGCCUGUUCGGGAUCUGACGGGCGACCAGUUCCUGCGGCUGACGAUGGCUGCUGAAGACAAAUUGCUAGAUCUGACCAUCAGCGAGAAUAUCGAGGGUAACACCGGCCCUAACUACCUUGACGAGCUCAAGAACUUGUAUCAAAAGGACGAGUUCGCGGCGACGGUGCAGGCGUGGAACGAGCUGCGCGCCGAGGCGGUGACCAUCGCCUUCUCCAAGAUCGUGAUGCCCGAGAUGCGGCGCGAGCUCAACGCCCUGCUGCUGCAGGAGUCCAAGGAAUACGUGCUGAAGUGUUGUCGGCGGAAACUAUACGACUGGCUGAAGGUGGCUCCGUACGAGUCGAGAGUUUCUGACGACGACGACGAAGAAUGGGACACCAACAAUGGCCUGCGAGUCCUCUCGGUCGCGUACGUGCCGGACCGGCUGCACUCGGCGUUCGCGUGCCUGUGCGCGGGCGGCGGCGAGGUGGCCGACCACCUGCGGCUGCCGCACCUGCUGUACCGCCGCAACGCCUGGGACGCGCUCGAGCGGCUGAACAAGGAGGCCGAUAUGACGGCGCUGCGAAGAUUCAUCCUCCGCAAGAAACCGCACGUGAUAGUAAUCGGCGGCGAGUCCCGCGAGGCGCUGAACAUCAAAGCGGACGUCAUCGAGGUGGUUCAGCAGCUGGUCGAAGACGAACAGUUCCCGCGGAUACCCGUGGAGAUAGCCGAUAACCACAUCAGCAAGAUCUACAGCAACAGUUUGCGCGGACGGAACGACUUCAGAGAGUACCCGGAAAUCCUCCGCGAAGCCAUCUGCCAAGCGCGCCUGCUCCAAGACCCGCUGAUGGAGAUCUCCACGCUGUGCGGCCACGACGAGGAGAUACUGUGCUUCCGCUACCAUCCGCUGCAGGACCAGAUCGCUAAGGAAGACCUGCUUGAAGGCAUCGAGCUGGAAUUCGUCAACAGGGUGAAUGAAGUCGGUGUUGACGUAAACGAGGCCAUUCUAACUGGCAGAGGUACAGAACUGCUUCAGUUCGUAUGCGGUCUGGGACCAAGGAAAGCCCAAGCCCUAAUCAAACUCUUCAAACAAACCAACCAGAAGCUAGAGAACAGAACACAACUCGUCACAUUCUGCCACAUGGGACCUAAAGUGUUCAUCAACUGCUCCGGUUUCAUCAAAAUCGACACAAGUAGCUUGGGAGACAGUACGGAAGCGUACAUAGAAGUUCUAGACGGUUCCAGAGUCCAUCCAGAAACGUAUGAAUGGGCACGGAAAAUGGCAGUAGACGCUUUAGAAUACGAGGACGAAGAUGCCAACCCAGCCGGUGCUUUAGAAGAAAUUUUAGAAGCCCCUGAGAGGCUAAAGGAUCUAGACUUGGACGCGUUUGCUGAAGAAUUAGAACGACAAGGCUUUGGAAAUAAGAGUAUAACCCUAUACGAUAUACGAGCAGAAUUGAACUCUAGGUACAAAGAUCUCAGGGUGUCUUAUCGCUCGCCGACGCCCGAGGAACUGUUUGACAUUUUGACCAAAGAGUCUCCCGAAUCGUUCUUCGUGGGUAAAAUGGUGCUGGCGUCUGUAGUGGGGAUCACGCAUAGGAAACCUCAGAGGGAAAUGCUGGAUCAGGCUAAUCCUGUGAGGAAUGAUGAGACCGGGCUCUGGGAGUGUCCAUUCUGUCAUAAAAACGAUUUCCCGGAGUUGUCAGAGGUGUGGAAUCAUUUCGACGCAGGCGCUUGCCCGGGCCAGGCCACCGGCGUCCGAAUCCGGCUGGACAACGGUCUCUCUGGCUACAUCCACAUAAAGAACCUCUCAGACAGACACGUGGCCGACCCGACCGAACGCGUGCGCAUCGGUCAGACCGUCCAUUGUAGGAUCUUGAAGAUUGACGUGGAGCGGUUCUCUGUGGAUUGCUCGAGUAAAUCGUCGGAUUUGUUGGACAAAAAUAACGAAUGGAGACCAUCAAAAGACCCGUACUAUGACCAAGAGGCUGAAGACAAAGACGUGCGCAAGGACAAAGAGACGAAGCAAACGAAAGAGCGGAUGCAAUACGUGAAGAGAGUCAUCGUCCACCCGGCCUUCCACAACAUCUCGUUCGCGGAGGCCGAGAAACUUAUGGAAAACAUGGCGCAAGGCGAGGUCAUCGUACGACCGAGUAGCAAGGGGUCUGACCAUCUCACAGUUACGUGGAAGGUAGCCGAUGGCAUCUGUCAACACAUUGACGUUCGAGAGGAGGGCAAGGAAAAUGCUUUCUCGUUGGGCCGAAGUCUCUGGAUUCAAGGCUCCGAAUUCGAGGAUCUGGAUGAAAUCAUCGCGCGCUACGUCACACCCAUGGCCGGUCACGCGCGCGACCUCAUCUCCUACAAGUACUACAAACCGCUCGGCGGCAUGCGGGACAAGGCCGAGGAGAUACUCAAGGAGGAGAAGGCCAAGAACCCCAACAAGAUACACUACGUCAUAUCCGCGGCGAAGAACCAUCCGGGUAGAUUCCUACUGUCGUACCUACCCCGCGCGCGCUGCACGCACGAGUACGUGUCGGUCACCCCCGACGGUUACAAAUUCAGGCAGAGGUUGUUCGACUCACUAGGAGGUUUGCUCAAAUGGUUUAAGGAGCACUUUAGAGAUCCCCCGCCGCACGGCACGCCGGCGGCGCGCACGCCCGCCAUGCGCACGCCGCACGGCAUGUCCUCGCUCUACCACACGCCCGCCGCGCACACCCCCGCCUUCCACACCCCCGCGCACACCCCCGGGCCCGCCUACAUCAACACCCCCUACACGCCGUCCGCUCAAACUCCGUACAUGACCCCGUUCGCGACUACACCCAGGCAACCAGAUUUCCUGACGCCCGCGGCGAUACCUCGCCACAAACCGGCGCCGGUGCCGGUUUACCAGGAGCCCUCCGAUUGGCAGAAGGCGGCCGAGGACUGGGUGCGACACAGAAGUGUGCGCGACACGCCGGCGACUCCCCGCAGCAGCGAGGGCAUGUCGACUCCGAGACAGUCGAGCCGCACGCCCCGCAUGGACUCUCGCUCGACACCCAGGCACGAGUCCCGCACGCCUCGCCACGACUCUAGAAGCACGCCGCGGUCGCACUCGGGGCGGCAGUCGCGCGCGCAGUCGGUGCGCUCGACGCCGCAGACCAACACGUCGCCGCGGUCCAUGUCGCUCGGCGACGCAACCCCGCUGUACGACGAGAACUAA